AAACUUGAUUCCGACCAGAAUGCUCCUCAGUUUGAGAAAUUCACAAAUCCUAACCCUGGUUCCGACACCACAUCCGCCGCUAAUUUCGAAGGACUAGGAUUAGCUGAGUGGGCAGUGGAAACGUGCAAGGAGCUUGGCAUGCGUAAACCAACUCCAGUUCAGACUCACUGCGUGCCCAAGAUAUUGGCCGGGCGGGACGUCUUAGGUCUUGCUCAGACUGGUAGUGGUAAAACGGCGGCGUUUGCUCUUCCGAUACUUCACCGCUUCGCUGAAGAUCCUUAUGGAGUCUACGCUCUUGUGGUGACGCCGACUAGAGAGCUGGCGUUUCAGCUCGCUGAGCAGUUCAAGGCUUUAGGCUCGUGUUUGAAUUUGCGUUGCUCUGUGAUUGUUGGAGGAAUGGAUAUGUUGACCCAAACGAGGGGCUUGGUUUCACGACCUCAUAUCGUCAUUACCACUCCCGGGAGAAUUAAGGUUUUGCUUGAAAACAAUCCUGAUGUUCCU